UGAGGCGGGCUCUUUAAUUAGCCUCACCUGCACGAGACGCACGAGUCUAAACUAAGCUAAGCUAAGCUACAGCGUCAACAAACUGGCGAUGUUUUGUAAAGAAAACAUUAAUAAGUCCGCUUUGUUUUUAUAUAUAGUUACCAUUUAUGUCUUCCGCCUCAGCGGGUCCAUACCCCCAGCACCGCGGGGAACCCAGGAGUCGGAACAAUUGAGCCAGAGAAACAUGGUGGAUGGAGCGCCUCACCUGGGACACGCUCCAAAGUCCAGGACCAGCAAAGACGACGCGAACACCUGGCCUCCGUGGACGUGGACGUGGACGUGGACUGCCGGCAAGGUGAGCAGGCAGCAGAGUGUGGCCGACACUGAAGAUGGAUAUCAAGGAGAUUUCACAGGUUUUAAAGGAGUCCAUGGGAGGGCACUGGUAUCAACUUCUGGCCCCGCUGCGCAUGUAUCGGCGUGGCUGGCCAUGAGCCCUGUGCUGCUGUGUUAUCAUCAUGCCAUGACAUUCACAGCCUCUGGACCAGGAGUCACACAGCUCUUUGUGGACGCAGGAGGAGCUAAUGCCAUCUCCCUGUUGCAUCUGCCUCCAUCUUGUGGUUACACGGUGAGGACGUCAGGCAGUGACUUUCAGAUGAUGGUGUCACAUGAUGCGUGCCACAUGACCCAGGAGAAUGGUAGUUACGUGCUGCCCAUGCUUUGGUGGGACAGCCCGCUGAAGCUCACCUGUCCAGGAGGACAGACGUCCGCACCUGCGUCGUCAACCCCGGACGUCCUGUGCUCCCCUUACGGCAUGGCGGUUCGGCUUUUCCAGCAGGAUGUGCCAACGCUGGGGGUCCGAGUAAACGGAGGCCGGACUCAAUUUGUGUCCGCUCAGUGUGCGUACCGCGUCCACUCCCUACCACAGGAUUUUAUCUUCUUCAUCUCCUUCAUUGCGCCCUGUGUCACCAUCGGAGAUGGACUGCAACUCCAGCUUGUUUUGAAUAAGCAGGAAGUGGUCCUGGCCUGCCCUGUCCCUGCAACUUCCUCUCCUCCACCUCCAGUCCAGGAACCACUUCAACAUUACCCUUCACUCUCUCCUGGCGGUCCUCCAGGAGCCCCACUGUCUCACCAGUCCCCACACCCAUGGUCUGCUUUAUGGACCGUGCAUGGAUCCCCAGCCAAAGAUCAGAUUGCUAGGCCUGUAUUUCCUCCUGGCUCUAAGCCUGCCAGUCCUCAAGCCCCCCGCCCACCCACACUUCAGGACUAUCAUAAGACACCUUACUAUCCAACACCUUCUCCUUCCAGCCCACCAAAACAACCCUCUGGCCCCAGUUCAUUUGACCAUCCACAUGGACAAAAAGCUACUAAUGCUAAUAACCCCUCCAUCCCCAGCUAUCCUUUCCUACAAGCCCCGCCUUACUUCCUCUCUCCUCCACAUUCAGAACGCCAACGACCCGUCUGCCCGCCGUACGGCGACACACUGUGUGGCGACUACCAGCAUCCUUAUCUCCAUAGCGACCCCUCCCAUUUCCCACUACACCCGCCUGUGUCCCGGUACCCAACGCAGUCACCUGCGCCCACACAAAAACCUAAGCCCCCGCCAGCGCCCCCAUCUUACUAUUGUGAUGUGGGCAGUGUGGUGGUCUUCCUGCCCACCGCUCAGCCACACCUCGUCCAGGUGAAAGAUCAGGGGAAAUGGCAGCCCCUGUCAAGUGGGUGUGGGUAUAAGAUCCACAUGCCAAGCACAUCCACAGUAGUCCUCUAUUCUCCUCUGCCUGGCUGCCACACCAACGUGCUGACUCCCGCGGCCAUUUCCCUGUCCUUGAGGUAUUUGGCCCUCUCUACGCCACAGUACCACACGGUGGACCUGCAAUGCCCCUUCCAGAGGAGCACUCCUCCACCACUGACCCCAUCCACACCACUGACCCCAUCCGGCAAGGUCAGGGUCAGCCCCCCUGUUGCUGCCAAGCCCAAGGUCUUGUGCUCCUCCAAACACAUGCUGGUGCAGCUCCCGCCCGGCCCCAUCUCUGGAGUUGUUCUCAAAGACGCACAAGGGAAGGAGAUGCGUGUCCAGGACGCACCAAAGCAUUGUGGGUAUUCUGCCAAGGUGGAAGAAGAUGGCAAAAUCCACUUGAGGCUCCAGUUGAACACAAGUUGCCACAUGAGUGUGCAGGGUCACAAGUACAUCAUGGCUGUCACCUACCUGACUGCAAGUGGGAAGAAGAGGGCUCACUUCUACUGCCCGCUCUCCAACUCUUUAUCAGGACAAGACUGCAACCUUCCCCGCGAGCAACGUCUGCCCUGCGGACAAGGAGCACCAUCCCGGCCCUCGUGUCUCGCCCUGGGCUGCUGCUUCAGCAAGCACCCCCCCGCCUGCUACCACGCCAUGGACGAGUGCACAAUCGACCGCCACUUUGUGUUCUCCGUGCCUGCGUCCCUCACCCAGCCCCCCCUGUCGCCCGCCCUGCUGGUGGUGAGCAACAACUCCACCUGCAAACCCCUCCGAGCCACACCCGAGUACGCCUUGUUCAAGCUGCCCAUGGACGGCUGCGGGGCUCGGAAAAUGGAAGUGGGCAAAUCUUUGAUCUACAUGGUGGAAAUAGUCAACAGGGUUCAGACUGUAAGCCUCAAUUAUGGAACCAUCACCAGAGAUUCUCCUGUUAGGUUGUUGGUGGAGUGCAGGUACGUGCCAGGUAGCGUCCUCACCGUCAGCUACCUGGUGAAAACUCCCACGUUGGGGCCGUCCGUUCAGACUCAAGGCGUGUUUGGCGUGCAGCUCAGACUCGCCAAAGACGCUGAAUACAGCAGCUACUACCCGCAGUAUCACCAGCCCCUGCAGAUGCUCCUGGGGAAACCCCUCUUCCUGGAAGUGCGGAUGCUCAACGCCCCAGAUUCCAGCUUGGUGCUGCUGGUGCACUAUUGUGUGGCCUACCCACGCUCGGGAGAUGCUGUGUGGGUGCUGCUCUACAACGGAUGCCCCAACCCACUGGACCCAGCCUCUCAGCAAGUGGUGCUGUCUCACCCUCCACCGCCGUCCCCUCAAGGUCAAACACGGCGCUUCACCAUGAGCACCUUCCAGUUCCUUCCUGACGACAACAUCAAGGACCCGGAUGAGGAGAUUUACUUCAUGUGUUCAACUGAAGUCUGCUCGCCGCAUGACGGCCCGUGUGUGGAGGGUUGUUUUGGUCAUUGACGUUACGGAAUGGAAGGCAUGACUGCAGCGACCCAAGUCUCGAGCAGGUUUUUUUUUCUCUCUCUCAACGACACAUAUUUUGAUGUUUCCUUCCUGCUCGCGUCUCUUCUGUUCUCUACUUGAGGAAAGAGACAUCAGUCAUUUAAGCAGCAAUAAAAGCUCUCCAAGG